AUGUCUGUUAAGUAUUUUAGUAACAAAACCAGAAAUACGCAGAUUUUAACCGGCACAGUCGAUAUUACACUUUCAUAUAAACAAAAACGUAAGAUUAAUAUAAAGAAUGAAAUGGAUAAGGUGGGGUUGCUAUCAUUAUCACCAGAUUACAUGAUUGCAACCUCCAACAAUUCAACAAAAUUUAAUCCUAAAUUUCAAGUAACCCUACAUUCAUGGUCCAGGACAAAAAUCUGCUUGGAGAUUAUCAAUCAUUCAUUCGAAGAAAUUAAUUCAUUAUUCGAAAAAGAGGCACCAAAAUCCGCACAUAAUUCGUGUAAUUUAUUCUGGUAUGUUAUACAUACGAUACAGCAAGAAUCAAUUGUCACAAAUUGUAAAGAAUCGUGCCAAAUCUCUUGGGAAUAUUUAGGUCAUCAUCUCAAAAAAGAACUUUAUAAUGAUUCUCUGGAAAACGCCUCCAGAAAGUCACCAAGUUUUCAGCUUAUAUCAAAGUAUGAAGUUUUCCUUAAAUGUGGUUUAAAUUGUAAGGUAUUACACCCUUCUCGUAUCAUCAUUAUAAAGGAAACUAAUGUCUUGCCAAAUGUUUCAGAAAAAUACCCUGGAGAUAUUAGUUCGGCUGACUACAUUGAAAAAAAGUUUGCAUUAAAACAUCUUAAAACUAAAGAGGCGACUAAAGAAUUCGUCAAUGAGCUUAAACAAUUACGUGCUAUGAAAUUUGAUCCUAAUAUUAACCAAUUUUAUGGGAUUACAAUGG